AUGGAUGCGAAGAACUGCGAAGACGAAUACACUCACCCUACAGCGGACCUCAUCUACACGGAGCGCAACAUCCCCGGACCAGGAGUAGACGGUGCGGAGUUCGAGUCGGAGUUCGUGGUUGGCUGCGCGUGCGAGGCGCAGUGCUCCUCGGGCGACUGCUCUUGCACCCUGGGGAAGCCCAACUACGAGAACGACCGUCUCGUCGAGGACAAGGUGGGACCGACAGUCGAGUGCAACUCGCACUGCCUCUGCGGGGAGACCUGCGGCAACAGACUGGUUCAAAGGGGGCCACUCGGCUGCCUCAACGUCGUCGAGGCCCAGGGACGGGGACUCGGUCUCUCCACUUCCAGACUCAUCAGGAAAGGCCAGUUCAUCUGCGAGUACGCGGGAGAAGUUGUGGGGCUCGAGGAAGCCAAGAAGAGGCUCGAGAGGAACGGAAGAGGCGACAACUACGUUCUGGUCGUCAACGAACAUGUCGGCGGGAAAACUAUCACGACCUGCAUAGAUCCGAGAUUCAUCGGCAACGUUGGUCGCUUCUGCAACCACAGCUGCGAAGCGAACAGUCGCCUGGUGCCCGUGCGCGUGGAGAAGGCUUCACCGCGGGUCGCUCUCUUCGCCCGCAGGGACAUCGAGCCCGGGGAAGAGGUAACUUUCAACUACGCGGAUGGAGUCGAGACCUCCGUCCACAACAUCAGCGAAACACCCUGCCUCUGUGGGUCGAGUACUUGCCUCCGCUAUUUGCCCCAUCAUUCAGUUUAA